AUGCCGAGACUGCCCCAGGAGGACAAUUUGUUUGAUAACCGUGAUCUUGAGGGAAAUGAGUACCCUGUCGAAGACGAACCCGACUCCGAACCGGAUGAGCCCAACAACGCAGUUGACAUCGAUAUUCUUGAUCGCGAACUACCGAGCGAGGACGUAGAAGAUGAUCGAAACCCGAGGACACUUGCCAACGUCAAGGCUGUGCUUGACAAGCUCGAUGAGUUAAACUUUAAGCUCAUAGACUUUUUGGACGCACUGAGCUGGGGGCAUUCUGGAUGCACACAAGAUGCUAAGGUUCGCAACAAGAGGACAGUCAUGCUGCAGGACAGGAAACUCCCAAAAAUUCUUUGGCAUUGGGCAAUUCCUCCACGCAGGAAGGGGUCCAACAAAAAACGCGCAACAGGUGCGAGCACUGUCAUGAAGGAGUUUGCUGUGGGAUACAUCAAGAAUUUUGCAUCCAAAGAGCUAGAGAUUUUGGUGCCGCACCUGCUUUCCGAUACCUCAGAAGAUGUCCGAACAGAGACGCUUGUGUCGACAUCCUUCUUGACGCUGGCAUCAAAGAUGCAGACACUGGCUCCAAUACUUUGGGAUGUUCUUGUAAACUUCGCGGAGCGGCCAAGCAAGAGGCCCAAAGCUGGUCAAACAUCAAACAAUCCCAAGACCAUCAUCAUGAUCAUCUCCGUCUUGUCAUAUACACGCUCCCAUCACCGGUGCUCCUUGCAGAAGCUGCUCACUCUGUAUUUUCAGUUCAAGGGGGUGUCAGCCAAAGGGUUUGAUACUCUUCAUGCUCUCGGACUCACAAUGAGUCACAAAUGGACAGCAGAUUCUGUGAAGAGAAUUUCGGAGUACUGCAUGGCAGAGGUGAAAGAGAUGUUGAAACACUACUCAUGGGCAAUCACCUACGACAACAUCAACAUGCCGCUGCAUGUCUUCUCUCAGCGCGUUGAUAACAAAGGGCAAUUCACUAGCGGAACUGCGGCCACUGUCUAUGUUAAACCAAAUGCCCAACCUCUUGAGCCGAAUGCGAAUCAGCGACUCAAGGAUAGACGGGUGGAGGGAAUGGCAAAUCCACUUACCAAACUCGAUAUCAUCAAUCUUGGUGACGACUCCUUUCCACGCAUUCGAAAACAGAUGGUCUUUGAGGUCCUGAAAUUCCUCAUCAGCAGCCAAGAAUUUGAUCUGCCGUCGUAUUUGCACAAGGACAGUGAAUUCCUCAAGGCACCACCUGCUGUCGACCAGCUGCCCUGUGGUCCUGAGAAUGUUGCCCUUCAAUAUCUUCUUGGCACGGUCGACAUUCCGGAGGCAAGUUACGAGGACAACAUCCGACUUAAAGAGGACUUAAAGAGGAUGUCAACAGAGCAGAUAAUUACAUGGAUUGGAGACCAACUCACCAUUGACCGCCUUCGAAACAUAUUCAAGUUCCGUGCCGAAGACGAGAACUCGUUUGAACGGAUGGACUUUGGAGUCCUCGUUUUCGGUUGGUUUCAUCUCCAGAUGGCAUUCGCCAACUCUUUACACAAGCAAUACUUGGGCACUCCUCAAAUGCGCGGCCUGAAGCAUGCAUUCCUCCUGCUCGAGAAGAAAGGUUUGCUGAAGGUGCUAACCAAGGGGCCAUUCCACCACGGUCUCAAUGAGAUGUUGCACCAUGUUGCUGAAGCUCAUAUACGACUUGACUGGGAGGAGAUAGCUGGUGUCACAUCUCUAGCAGAUCUAAAAGAUCGUCAACCUCAGGAGCUCUACCGACUCGCGGAAAGGAUUGUUGAUGAGCGUGCGUCGAGCGAGGCGAUGGACAAGAUGAAUGCUAGACCAGCCAAUCAGCAGGAUGAGGAGCUGAAGCAGAUCAUCAUGUGGAAUCGCGAUGUACUGCAGUACAUUGUGCUCGAGCAGGCAAUGAAGACUGGUGACGUCGGCCUCAUGGAGGCUAUGCUCCCACACCUUCUCUACCGCUUUCUUGGAGGUGGAAAUACCAAAUACACAGGCGAGGUUAUUGAAUUGUUGCAGGCAUUGCAUCGAGAGCUGCCUGAAGAUGUUGCAUAA